AUGUUAGAAAAAAAGUUUGCUGACAUUGACAAAAAAUUUGAGAAUGUUUUAAACAAGAACAAGAGGAAGUUAGAAAAUGCUCAGAUAAAGCCUAUACAUGACAAGUUCUUAUUUGCUCAGAAUGGUAUAACAGGUCUAAUUGCACCACCUGGGUCUGGUAAGACUUUCACUUAUCUUAAAAUGGCUGCACAACAACAAGAACUAGAUGAGAAGAACCCAUUCUAUGAGUUAGUUGUCAUUUGUAGUACUUCUGGUCAAUUUGACCAAACCGUCAAUUCGUUCAAAGAUAUUAUAAAGAAGUCUAA